AUGCAUUUAACACGGGUUAUCAUCAGUAAUAAGAGUGGGUUCAAACGCCUUGAGCUCAUCAUGGCUACUGGUCUUGGCGAGUUUCUCCGUAGUUUAAAACAAGGCCUUAUGAAAGGAGAACAAAAUACACCUGCGCGUGGAGAUAAUCAGGUUGGGGAAUUUGCUCGUACGACCAGGCGGAGAGGUCAUGACACCUCCAUGUCGACGCCUAUGCAGCGUGAACCGUGUAAAACUCGGUCUGUGUCUGAACAUUGCGCUAAGGGCAGCCAUGGAAAUUAUUUGGAGAGAUUGCCUUCUGAGAUCAUCCUGAAGAUUCUUUCCUUUCUGGAUGCCUCCUCUCUGUUCAAAAUCAGCUUUGUCAACAAGCAGUUUCAUGAUCUGGCUAACAACAAUGCUUUGUGGUCUGUGUUGUAUGCUUCUGAGAUUGAAAAGAAAAAGUGGAGACCCAGAGUGAGCAUGAUGACGGAAGCCGUGAGCAGCACAAUUGUGGAAGAGAAGCCUGCUGGAUACUGGAAGAAGGUGCUACUCAAGGAGAUGGCCGGCUACAAGGACACCAUGUGGAAAACGGAGCUAAAACACAUGAACCCGCACUCGGGCAUGCCAGCUCUGACAGAGCAUGCUCUCAGGAGGUUACACAUUCAGUGGGAGAUCACACUCACAAAUAAGAAUGGACAGGAAAGUGUCUAUAAGCAGACGCACACGUUCUUCGAAGAUUCAUCGGUUACAGUGUGCUGGAGCCAUGGCUUCUGGCCUUUCAUGUACAAUCUUAAUAGCCUUCAGCUUCAUGGAAUAAUGUGUCCAGCUUCACCAGCUCCAGGAGACAAGCCAAGGUGGCGCUCUCUGAUUCACAAGACAGGUUUGCAAAGUGUCAGGCUUGUGAAGCUGCUGCAGUUUGAUAAAGGGAUCAUCAUCGGACUCUGGCGGGGCAAUUGGAAAAUUGCCUUCAUCAUGAUCAACCUGCACUUCCACAAACUGAUUGAAAGAAGUCUCCUUGGGUCAAGAUUUUGUCUCUACAUACCUGCAGAGGACAAUGCUGUGGACCCUGACUGUAGUCGCCAUGGAUACACUCUGCACAUUGUGCUUCACAAUCCAGUUCAGCGAAUCAUGUGUCAGCGGUUUUCCCCUCUGUACACCAGGAGAGUGAUGUCGCAAGGGGAAUUUGUGCAGUUAAUCGCUAUUGAUUCCGCAAAUGUAUCCGAGCACAUGCCUGUGGCAAAGAUCAGUCUUCCAUGGGAAGCAGAGGGAUUGCAGGGAGAUGUUGAGGGCUGCUGCAUGAUGACUCUGACAGUGCUGGAUGAGGCUCAGCGUCCCUUCUGGUGUGUGAGUUCUACUGUAAAAAUGUACAGUAGACAAAGAGUGCUGGACUUGGAGUAUGAAGGCGAGCAGUUCAUCGUCCUUUACGAGGAUGCGGAGGGGAAGGUCAAAAUGACCUUCGUGUGGAUGAAGGAGUUUCAGCACUACUUUUUGGUGCAAUUAGUUACUAUAUUCCCUAUAGCAGCCAAAGUGAAAAGGCACUUUGGGGGAGAAUAAGGAAACCGUUGCAAUACCUAGCUGGUUUAUGUUUAGAAAAGUUGAAAUGAUUCCGGCAGUGCUUUUAGUUGUAAAUAUUCAAAAAUGAUUUUGGAAUAUGUUUCAUUUUCCAAGCUUAUUUAAUUUGUUUCUUGUUCAUGAAAAAAUAGUUUUUUGGCAGUUUGUUAAUGUAAAUGUCUGAAAUGUUUUGUCGAGUUUCAGAUGCUUUGAGUUUUGCUUUUAUGUUUUGUUUGUUUGGAAAUGCUAAAGCACUAUUUAUAUUUUAGUACCAAUUGAAAUUUGGUAAAUGGCUUCAUGUUUCUCAUAGUCAAAUAAUUUUCAAAAGGAGAAUAAAUAACAAUGGUUUGAACAUCCUGUGUACUGUGUAACUGAACUCGCAUUGUAAACCCAAAUGAUGAAAUUAUAUUAAUUAUUUAUUUCUCGGUAAUGUUUUUAUAAAGGUCAUUCAAGUGCUGGAGUGAUGCUUGUCGAAACUUUAAAGGACAUUGAGAAACACGUUGAAAACAGCUGGUUUUGUUCAAUGGGAUGCAUAAUG